AUGUUUGUUAUCAAAUCCCUUCUCGGGAAGAUGUGGGGCAAUCCAGCCAAUCCUGAGCUCAUUCAGAUACCUGCUGGUCAACUAUAUCUCGUUCGACCAAACAGUAUCAAAGGAUCAAGGGAAUGCAUAUUUCAAGAUGCUGUGGCGACAAUUAGAAGGACUGGGGUCGAGUAUCAGUAUCAGCUUGUCGUGACCCGUGCUUAUGAGGAAGGGGAAGAACAGUUAUUGGAUGAAGAUGCGGAAACUCUCGAGUUUCGAUUCGGCGUUCUUGAUGGGGAUUCCACCUGUGCUUGGAGGGAUAUGAGCGGAGAUGAAGGUGAUUUGUGGGAGUUUGUUAGCAGCAAGAAAUACCUACGUUCACACGAGGAAGCCACAGAUGCCGAACUGGAAGCCCUUAAAUAUAACGAAAAGCCAUCUUUGCCUGCUACUGAUCCGAGUGCAUCUGCGAAUCUAGAGGACAAACUCGGCUCACUAUCAGUGCAGGAAGAUCCUUUCAAGGAUGUUCCUGUCCUGCAUCGUUCUCACGCAGAGUUGUACCUUUUUGACACAGAAACAGACGUUUUUGUAAUACAAGAGAAAGAGGUGGAUGCAGAUCUUGUAUCAAAUGGAGACUACGAUACUUGGAUCAUCGUCCGUCACAAUUCCACGCCGUUCAUCUCCGCGCCGAUUGACGCCGAAAUGAACCCUCGUUUCGACAUGACCGAGGGUCUUCCAGGUAUGACAUGGUGUCUUAGAUUCAAUGAACAAGUUUUCGUUGAAUGGAAAGACAAGUUUACUAUCUACAUGUGGGAAGGCAAGAAUAAAACCAGUUAUGCGAAAGCAAAAGCAGACGAGCAGCGAUACAUUCAAGAAGCUUAUGAAGACGUCGAGAUGACCGAACCAGAGGAGGAUGAAGAUCGAGAAGGGUCAGAUGACGAUGAUGACGAGGACCGUUCGUCUGCAGCAGACCCAGAGGAAUACGGUUCCGAAUCAGAAGAGUCAGAGAAAGAAGCUUUUGCUCAUGGGUCAAAGAAUCAUCAGCUGGCUGUGGGUUACAAGAACGAUAUGUCCUUUGUAGCCCGUGGGGAUAUGAUCGGUGUAUUUGCUCAUCAAGACGACAAGCUGCGAUUCCGUACCGCUAUUGACAGAGUCAAAACCAUGGAUGGCAAGAGUUUCUCACCUGGAAAGAUGAUGCUCCACAACCAAGACGGAGAUAUGCUACUUUUGGACCCGAAGAACCAAAACUCAGUUUACCGAAUGGAUCUGGAGUAUGGUAAAGUAGUCGAUGAAUGGAAGGUUUCUGACUCGGUCGAAGUAAACAAUAUCAUCCCAGACUCCAAAUAUGCUCAGAUGAACCCUCAACAAACAUUCAUUGGGCAUUCUCACAACGGCCUUUUCCGUAUCGAUCCUCGUGUCUCCGGCAACAAGCUCGUAGAGAGCCAAUUCAAACAAUAUGCCACCAAGAACGAUUUCUCGGCCGCUACCACCACGGAGUCUGGCAAAUUAGCUGUUGCUAGCAAUAAGGGAGAUAUACGGCUUUUCGAUCAGAUUGGCAAAAAUGCCAAGACUGCCCUUCCUGCACUGGGAGAUCCUAUUAUUGGCGUUGAUGUAUCGGCAGAUGGGCGAUGGCUCGUUGCUACUUGCAAAACAUACUUGCUGUUAAUUGAUACCCUCAUUGGCGACGGUCGGUAUAAGGGAUCGCUCGGUUUCGAUCGAAGCUUCCCCGCAGAUAGUAAACCUAUUCCCAGACGGCUUCAACUCAAGCCCGAACACGUAGCCUACAUGGAAGAUGCUGUCUCGUUCACACCUGCUAGAUUCAACACGGGAAUGAACGAGGCGGAGAAGACGAUCGUAACUUCCACCGGGAAGUAUGUUGUAACUUACGACUAUCAGAUCAAGCAAUACGAUUCCCGAGUUGUGGCGGAUAAUUUCAAGUUCGGUGCAGACAAAAACAUCAUCGUUGCACUGGAGCACAAUGUGAUCAUGGCCAAUAAGAAGGAACUUGCAAAGCCCACGCGAUCAUCACUUGCUCCGCAUGCGACAUUGUCCACUCCAGCUAAGCGAAUCCGACAAUCUCACAGCAAUAUCGUAAACAGUCCAUAUUAG